UGCACAGGCGACAACAAUCGACGAAUUCAACGGCGUUUUCCUACAGCUUUUUUGAAUACCGGCCUCCCUGGCCGCCGGAGAAGCUCUCGCAAAGUGGGGAUUAUAGCGAAGAAAAACACGAACCAUGUAAAAACUCGUGAAAUACAACAUGCAAAGAAACACAUAGAAACUACGCCUUCGUAUAAUGUCUAUAUCGGAAAGAAUUUUGGUGUUCGUUUAUGCGAUUAUUUCAAGUUUCUACGCUCGAUUGAGCAGGCAAGCGAGAGGGCGCUAGUACAAUGCUCGUUCAACUGUUUUCGAUCUUUUGCCUCCAUGGAAUUGUCGUCCUCUGCCAAGAAGCUCCAGACGUGCCCAAAUGCUGGUGGGAAUUCCGUAGAAUCAGAAGUCCUCAGCUUUGAAUUGUUGCAUCGCUGCUUCGGCGCAGAACUUCUGAAGACCGAAAUGGAAGUUGAUUACUUCCCAACAGGUGGCGCCAUUACAGAUUACACCUGCCGUUUAUUUGGAACCACACUCGGUGUGUCAGUUACGAGAGCCAUGAAAUACCGGGGCCAGUUCGAUGUUGAAGAUGCUAAGCGACUGCUCACAAAGAAACUAAACGGAAUCCUGAAUGCGACACAAAAUACACUGGAAGAUUGGAAGAAGCAAGUAUUGCAUAUUUGGGCGCCUUCACACAGUGUUGCUAAAACUGUUUGGAAAGUUUACGAAGAUAUGAUUCACACGGAUAUUAAAGCAAACACUGUUGUCAUGGUGACUAUUACCGAAUCAACUAGCGCGUACUGCUCCAUGUUUGAUAAUCGUAAGAAAAGAACAAUAGGCGGCUAGCAUAGGAGGAGCAAGUUAACUAAACGUAUUUAAGUUAACAUCGGUGGCAUUGAGGGUAUGUGCGCCAUUAGUCGUAAUAUUCCAGGGGACAUUAAAUUUUAUAAUUUGAAAUGCUGGCUUGAACAUAUCAAAUUGGAAUUGUAAAUAAAACAUUAUUUUCCUUUACUGUAUAUUGAUAAAAUAUCAAGAUUUUUUAUAUUGAAUGAAUGUAUAUUAAUAUAUAUAUAUAUAUAU